GCGCGGCGUAGUGACCGGUCGGGGGGGGCGUUCGUCUCGCUGCAGGCGGCUGCCGGCUCCGCUGCGGGAGCGAGGCGGCUGUGGCGAUGGCGGCGGAGCGGGGCCGCCUGAGCUUCCCGGGCGGCGCCGGGGUGCUGAGCCGCCCGGUGCCCAUGAACCUAUUCGCCACCUGGGAGAUCGACGGUUCCAGCCCCAGCUGCGUCCCCAGGUUGUGCACCUUGACUUUAAAGAAACUGGUCGUCUUAAAGGAAAUGGAUAAGGAGCUCAUUUCUGUGGUCAUUGCAGUCAAAAUGCAGGGCUCGAAGCGAAUACUACGGUCUCAUGAAAUUGUGCUGCCACCAAGCGGACAUGUGGAAACCGAACUUGCACUAACUUUUUCACUACAGUAUCCUCACUUCUUGAAAAGAGAAGGCAACAAGCUUCAGAUCAUGCUGCAAAGGAGGAAGCGAUACAAAAACCGAACGAUUCUGGGCUACAAGACUUUGGCAGUGGGCUCCAUCAACAUGGCCGAGGUGAUGCAGCACCCGACUGAAGGAGGCCAGGUUCUGAGCCUUUUCAGUAACAUCAAGGAAGCCACAGCCAAAGUAGCAGAGAUCUGGAUCUUCUCACUGUCUAGUCAGCCAAUAGACCAUGAAGACAGCACCAUGCAGCCUAGCCAGAAGAUCAAGUCCACAGAUAACUAUUCUGAAGAAGAGUAUGAGAGCUUUUCUUCUGAGCAGGAAGCCAGUGAUGAUGCUGUCCAGGGACAGGAUUUGGACGAUGAUGAAUAUGAGCUGGGCAAGCCAAAGAAGCAGCGGAGAUCGAUAGUAAGAACGACGUCCAUAACCAGGCAACAAAACUUCAAGCAGAAAGUGGUGGCGUUGCUGAGAAGGUUUAAAGUCUCUGAUGAGGUUCUGGAUUCAGAGCAGGACCCAGCAGAGCAUGUGCCGGAAGUGGAGGAAGACUUGGAUCUUCUGUAUGAUACACUGGAUAUAGACAACCCCAGUGACAGUGGCCCUGAAAUGGAAGAUGACGACAGUGUCCUCAGCACUCCUAAACCAAAGUUAAAACCAUAUUUUGAAGGCCUGUCACACUCCAGCUCUCAGACAGAAAUUGGUAGCAUCCACAGCAUCAGAAGCCAAAGAGAGCCAUCAAGUCCUGUAGAAGUGCCUGAAAAGACAAAGAGCCCUGGAAGCAAACAUCCAGGCGACAGUAUCUCUGACACUAUGUCUUAUGAGCCUAGCCAGCAAGACUCCCAGGAAGCAGAACUCUCCACGCUGGAUGUGUUCAUUGAGAAGCUCCCACCAAGUGGAAAAAUCACCAAGACAGAGUCUCUCAUUAUUCCUUCCACCAGCAGGACAGAAGGGAAGCAAACUGGUCGCCGUGGGAGAAGCACUUCACUGAAGGAAAGGCAGCCAGCGAGGCCACAGAAUGAGAGGGCAAACAGCCUGGACAAUGAGCGCUCUCCAGACACCAGGCACCACCUGCAGAUUCCAAGGAAAACUGUGUACGAUCAGUUGAAUCACAUCCUGAUUUCUGAUGACCAGCUACCAGAAAAUAUUAUUCUUGUCAAUACUUCAGACUGGCAAGGCCAGUUUCUUUCCGAUGUCUUGCAAAAACAUACCCUGCCUGUGGUCUGUACGUGCUCUUCUGCUGAUGUGCAAGCAGCUUUCAGCACGAUUGUCUCCAGGAUACAGAGAUACUGUAACUGCAAUUCUCAGCCUCCAACCCCCGUUAAAAUUGCAGUGGCCGGAGCCCAGAAUUACCUCAGUGCUGUGUUGAGGCUCUAUGUAGAACAGCUGUCUCACAAAACCCCGGACUGGCUCAGCUACAUGAGAUUUUUGAUCAUCCCACUAGGUUCUCAUCCAGUGGCGAAGUAUCUAGGCUCUGUAGAUUACAGGUACAACAACUUCUUCCAAGACUUAGCCUGGAGAGAUUUGUUUAAUAAACUUGAAGCACAGACCACUGUUCAGGAAACACCAGAUAUUGUCUCCAGAAUAACCCAGUAUAUAGCCGGGGCAAACUGUGCACACCAGUUGCCUAUUGCAGAAGCAAUGUUGACGUACAAACAGAAAAGCCCUGAUGAAGAAUCAUCCCAGAAGUUCAUUCCCUUUGUUGGGGUGGUAAAGGUUGGAAUAGUGGAACAGUCCUCAGCAACAUCAGGUGAUUCCGAUGACGCAGCUCCCUCUAGUUCCAGUGUCCUUUCCUCUACCCCGCCUUCUGUGUCUCCUGCUGUGAAGGAAGCUUCCCCUACCCCACCUUCCUCGCCGUCUGUCACGGGCAGCUUCUCUUCCUCCAGCCAGAGCCUUGGUGCUGAGCUGAUGGGACUGCAGGUGGAUUACUGGAUUGCAGCUCAGCCCGUGGAGAAGAAAAGAGACCCAGAGAAGAAGGACUCUUCCGCUGCCAAAAACACACUCAAAUGCACUUUCCGGUCUCUCCAGGUCAGCAGGUUACCCACUAGUGGAGAGACCACCAGCACUCCAACAAUGUCAAUGACAGUCGUGACAAAGGAAAAGAACAAAAAGGUGAUGUUUUUGCCCAAGAAAACAAAAGACAAGGAGAUUGAGUCUAAGAGUCAAUGCAUUGAAGGAAUUAGUAGAUUGAUUUGCACAGCAAAACAUCAGCAGAAUAUGCUGCGGGUCCUGAUUGAUGGCGUAGAGUGGAAUGAUGUGAAGUUCUUUCAGCUGGCAGCACAGUGGUCCUCCCAUGUCAAGCACUUUCCCAUCUGCAUAUUCGGACACUCCAAACCUAACUUCUAACUGCUUUCAGCGGGGCGGCUUUCUGCCUGUGUGGAGACUGCACACCCAGGAGCCAGGAAUCUGAAUGCCAACUCUGACUCAAAUCUGCUUGCUCUCUCCUGCAGAUUACUUAUAGAUGCAUCUGGAUUACUUCUGAAUUACUUUUUUCUAUUAAUUCUUAAGUUUACUACAAGGAAAGGAAACCCCUUGAACAAAGCAAAAAACAGUCUUAAGUAGAGAUGUACCAAUAACAUGGAAAUUACCAGGAGAACCUCCAGAAGUGGGGUGACCUGCUGGAGAACUUAAGAGCAGAUAGCUGGAUAACUGCACUGCUUAUUAACCUGAAACCUCCUCGGUGUGUUUGUGGCUGGGUGUUCUGGAUUGGGCUUGAGUGGUUUUUGAGGGGAGAGUGGGAGGUACUGGGAGGAUUAAGUGUUUUAAAAUGUUUAACUCUACCCCCCCAGACUUCACAUUAAGAAAGUAGAGCCUGGUUCACCACCAAAUAGUUCAGGUACCAAGAAUGUGAAAUACAUUGCGCUGUCUGUCAAAAACCAAGCUAAUAACUGAGGGAAACCCUGGGAUUCUCCACAAGUGAAGAAAUGCCAGAGGGUCAUUGUUUUAAGGCCAGCAACUGAAAUGGGCAGGCAUGUUCACACUCGUGCCUGAUUCAGGUUGGGCAGAGACUGAAAUACAAAGUAUGAAAUGUCUGUUUGAGGAAUCCCAUUGCUCCAAGUCCAUCCCAAUAACCCAACCAAGCCCAUCACAAUGCCCCCUGCAGCCCGUAGCUGGAUUUGAAGGACACCAGUUCAGUGGGGUGGUUGUUAUUUAGUUUUUCACACAGAUUAUGCACAUCAAUAAAACCUUGCCCGGCCUCUCAUGAGAAUGGAUUUUUACAGGUGCAAAUAUUUUUAAUGCUUUUAAAAAAGAUUGAUUAAGUUGCUAAAAAGGACAGCAGGAAAGAUCAGCUGCUGUCUAAUGAGUCAAGCAUUAGUCCACUGGCUAGUUCCUGUGCCCCUUGAGCCCUUACACAUGAGCAGCUGCAUUUUACACCAGCUACAUUCACACCCACACAGCAAAAGCACAUGUGCAUGUGAAAGCACUUAAAGUACCAGCUCACAGCAAACGCGCCACCUGCAUACCUCAUUCCGAAUGUGCCCUCUCUUCUAGGCAGUGUGUACAAGAUUCCUCACACACACACACACUCCAGAUGGGAAUCCCUUGUUUAGGGGCCCCCUCCAGCCAUGUGAGCUGCUGCUGCCAUUUCCAAGGCAGGAGGCCAUGUAGCAAAGCCAGCUCUGACAGCAGAGACAGAGAACUUAGGCUUGUCUGGACUGCGUUGGAAUGCCUCAUGCCCGGAUUGUGUCACCUGAGGGUUCUCUCAGCUAUUCUAGAUCUUUGACUCCAGCAGUGCACCUGUGUUGCACAAUGCACCGUUAGCCAGUUGGGCCACGUGCCGGCUUAGGAUCCAUCCUGCAAGGGGCUGAGGGGCCUGCCACAGAAAAUGAGGGUGGAGGAGUCAAUCAGUGCCCCUGUACUUCCUGUGGGCUUCUCUCCAUGGGAAAGGAGGUACUCCAGCAGGAUACAAGCUUGCAGCUAGCAGAACCCACCAUUCAGGGAUUAAGGAUUUACUGUGCAAAACCAGCCAGUGCCUGUGUGAAAUGCACUGGCCACUACAGCCUGAGCACUACUGCAGCUCACGAGGGGGAAGCUGUAACCUAGGUAUGUUCUCCUUUCCCCUUCCCUUAAAAUAUCACAGUGCUAGCCCAUUCCCAGGGUAUACUAAAGCAGCCUGAAGGUUGCUCUGAUUUACAAUGUCAGUAGCCCUACAGGGCUGUGUCAGCAGCAGGGGAUCUCUGGAGCCAAAGGAGCUCAGCUACUGGAGCCCCUGGCUCCCAUUCACAUUUGCAGCUGCGUGUGUGGGUGGUGUAGGAGCUACUGCGGUAACUCUCCUCGCUGGGAAUCCUACCCUAGCUUAGGACAGAGCUUUGCUCUGCUGAAGGGGCAUCAGGGUGCUCUAACUGGAGGAACAAGGCUCUGAUCCUUCUCACCACCGGCUUAACCUGGUUUAGCUCCCUGGAGUUGAGUGAAGCCCUCCUCUACCAGGCAUGGUGCACACUACACUGGUGGCAGCCGCACGUGGACUGAAAUUCCCAGGGGUGGAGCCUUUGCCCAGAAAUCCUCCCCCAUCAACCCUGCAAGGAAUUACACUACAGCAAAGCCUAACAGCUUUAGUUACCUGUAACCCUGCUCUACUCCUCCAGGGGGUCCCAGGGCUGGAUCUGUGGGGCUCCCCUGGCAAUACAGCUCCAGGGAGGAGCCUCCAUGCAGAUGCUGCCAAACCCAGGGGCUCAGGAGCUAAGCUUGUUUUCUUUGCAGAGGAGCCAACACCCCACCCUUGGAAUGAGCAGGGUGCAGCUGCAUAAAGGGAGCCUCCUGGGGGUUCCAGUCUCAUGGGCAGGCGUUUGCACUGCUCAGGCCUGUGUUCAGAGAUCCCCAGAGUGGCUCCUUCCCCCACCCUCUCAAAGGGACAGCAAUACAUUAAGCAUUUUUCAGAGUUCAAAUGUUCUGGGACAAUGACUGACUGAACAAAGAUUUGCAAAUGGCUGGGGAGCCUAUUCCACCUUGCGUGUGGGUCACGCCACAGGAAGGCGCAUCCUGCAGGAGGGGUUUCGUUGACUUGGGCAGGACUUCAGUGGGCAGCUGGGGGGGGGGUGUUCAGCUAACGGCCCUGCUGAGGUAGUGAGGGUGCCCGGGGCCCUAAAUGAGAACAGUGCCUCCUUCUUCCCCCUCACAGUGAAGAGGAGUAUCCGCAGAGCAAACAGUACCUGCACCUUCCCUUCACUGCUCAGGUUACUGGUUUAGACACGUGUUUAAUAAGAUAGAAACUUUCUAGUGCAAUUUCAGCCAUGUCCAGGAAUUGACUCUCAUCAGACUGGCAGGGUCCUCAGCAGCCCAGCAAUGCGCACUCCUCUGAGAAGCUGGGCAGGUCAGCGCACAGAUCCGCACACGAACGCUGAUGCAGCUGGUGGGGGUUACUGUAAUCUAUUCACUCGCUUAUGGCAGCCCUGAGGAGAGGGUAGGUUUUCCCUUUAACGCUUUGUAACAGGAGCAGAAAGAAUCUCUAGCUUCAGCAUAGUGGCGGCUGACGCAUAGGAUCUUGCAAGGAGGCUUGUGCCUUGCUCUGGGUUAGCGCAGUGUUGCUUGACAGCCACAACUUAGGAAUGAGCACACGAGCACAUCAGUGUUCUUUAUUGAAGCUGUUGUCUCAGGACAAGCCUUUUAAUGAAGUCAGCAGUUCAGAUUCUUCCUUAAAUCCCUCUUCCCUGUGCAAGUAGAGUGACUGAAAUCCAGUCUGAUUUCAGUCCCACGGCUUAUUCUACACCAGCGCUGGCAGAGACCCUUGCCUGACUUUCAUGGCCCCUGCAGCUCUGCGGCAGGCUUGGACUGGCUAUUUGCAAUAACUUUGUUUACCGGGGCAAUGAAGGAUUUGACACUUUGCUCCUCUUUGUAUUUCAACCUACUAUAGAGAGACGAACAGUAGCCAGUAUGCGACUUCAUGGCUCCUGCCUAUCAAAUGUAUGUUGCCCCCUUUCUUACUAUGUGUAACGUUUCAUGUGGAUUAGUUCUUUAUUUUAAUUACAUUUUAUGAAAUCUAAUUCACCAGAAAACUUUCUGCCUGUUUGGUACCCAUGCACUUGCAGACAGCACAGUUUGUUACCUCUGGCAAGCUGCUAUUUGGCAGCACAGCCAUCUGCAGUGGGCUCUCUGCUGUAGCAAGGCUUCCAAGGAAACCCUCCUUGAACCCUCAGGCUGGAGUUUUUAGGGUGGCAGAACUGCAUUGAUCUUGGGAAAGCUUCAUUCUUGGUGGUUCGUCAUGGUGCUGCCCUGCCUCAUAGCCAAGGGUUGGAGCUGGAUUCCCUGGGAAUGUUUGUUAAAGUUUUAUACAGUGGUUACUUUCUCUGAGUUUCUUCACACAACUAACUUCGUCCCUGACCACUAGGAAAACUUUCUGGAAGUCUGAGCGCUGAAGCUCUGCAGUAACAGAGUAUAACAGCAGUCGGGCUGUGCAGACAAUGUGCUGCUCCAUAGGAAAUGAUUUUGAUAAAGCAGUGGCAGGAGCCUCCUCUCAGGGUGAGCUGAGCUGAGCUCCGGUCUCCCACGUGGUGCUCUCCCACCAACCACCAAUUCCAGGGUUCACAGGAAGUCACUCUGAAGAAUUGGGCUGUGUGCCAGCUUGCUAUGACUCUACCAUUGUACGCCCUGUGGCAGAGCUGACCGGGGGGGGGGAGGUGCCAGUUCUUGUUCUUUCAGUUCUCUGAAAGGGGCCAUCAGGAUAUCAGGGGGCUGAUGAUCACCUUCGCCGUGAUGAGUGCAGAAGACUGACCCUAAUGGAGCAAGAAACCCUGCACAGCCCCAGUUUUAAAACUCUUUAUGGAAUAAUGAAAAGAGACCUGCACGAACCUCCACCAGAGUGUGACUCGAAGGAAACUCAUUUGCUUUAUCUCAUUGGCCUGAAUCAGCCUGCUUUAACUGGAAAUCUAGAAGUCGCUUUUACUUCGGCCCCUGGAUUUCUAGCAGUGAACAGGCAGAGGGGUGGGGAGAGAGCUGACUGCCUAGUUUUCAGCUGGUUGCAUGCCACCUUGUCACCUUUAAACUUCCCCCCCGUUUCCCACCUGUGUUGGGAUUGCUGAUAUCUCCUUGCCUCCUGCAGGAAUGUACUGUAGUAGCAGAUCCGUUUGAUUCCCAUUACACACUGACCCGGGCCUUGAUACUGACUGACUGCUCCAUGGAGCCCCAAGCUGUGACUCCAGCACUUUCCUGUUGGCAAAGCUGCCAUUCCCCUGUACUGGUGUUCUCUUGGGAAACUGGCCCCAGCCCUUCCUUGGAGGUGGGAUCUAAGGAGGCAUCCCUAGUAGGCUGGCCAAGUACUGGAGCUCUGGUUCUACACUUCCAUGGCUAAAUGAAAUGCAGACGUCUACCAUGGCAAGCCAGGGAAUAUCCUUACUAGUUUUGAAUGCUUGCUGGAAUUGCAUUUGUUUUUCUUUGCCCUAAAGAAAACAGCAGCUGGAGCAGCAGUAUUCAUUUAACCUCUGGCUUUCCAUUAAUUUCACCUGCAGUUAUCAAUUGCAUAUAAUCCAGUCACGUUUUUCUGCCCAACCCAACAACAGCCCCAUUGAGCAGUUUAUAUCUCAAAUGUAAGUAUAAAAUUCCUCUAUUACCUUAGUUUGAGGAUACUUCUCAACCUCCCCUUGGCUUCAUUUUGCUGCUUUUAUUGGCAAGCCUUGUUGUCAUGUCCUAGAGAGGAGAUCUGAGGGUGGAGUAGUAGAAUGGGAAGUUUUUGUGGUUUUGUAUAGAAUCGCCAUACCCACCUGUAGGCCGGUUGACCCAGCUAAAAACCACACUGACCAGCAUUGUUCCAUUAAUGUCUCUAAAACACUCUUGUUGACCUGUAUAUCCUGUUAGUCUUGGGCUAGCUAUCGCUACCAUCUCGGAUCAGUCUGGCCACGUGUUUAGUACCAAGAAAAUAUUCUAAGAAUCGUUCAUUUUGAGGGUUCAAGAAAUAGUACGAGAUGCCUUGAAACCUUGUAAGCAAAACAUCUUGGUGACAAUAGAGAGCCUGUAUUCUUUCCCUGUAGUUUGAAGUACUGAAAAGACAGGGGCUUCUUACUUCGGAUGGAAGCUUUGUUUCAGCUCAGAUCCCCAGGAUGUAAAGUCCGAAAGCUCUUGGCAGUAGGAACAUCGUGGUGUGUUUUCUUUCUUCAUAUUGUUUGCUUAGAGAUGCUGAGAUGAUUAAAAACCCUCCAUUCAGUGCACUUCCGUAUCCUGGCCAUUAGAACUGUGGAGACUUGCUAAAACUCUAGUAUGACCUUCUCACUGGGAUGCCCAGUGUGAGAGGUGAUCAUCUGAGCACAGCAUCUCCCGCAGACCCUGAUGACGCUCCUUUGGCAAGUUUCUUGCAAAGUCACAGGACUGAUAAGCGGGAGCGCUGGAGUGAUGAGCUCUCCUGGGUUUCUGUGGAGUCUUUAGGACUUGAUGCUAGAGAGGAGGAGGAGCCAUAGUUUUGCAAGUAGCAGGACAUUAAUUCCUUUAAAAGGAAGCGCAUCAAAAUCCCGGUCAGGUUGGCUUCCCCUUCUGUAUAGCCAGAUAGAAGGCAUCCCAGAACUUAGUGUGUCUGACUGGCAUGCAGUGCAUCUUUACUCAGAGCACUCUUUAGGAAGCACCUUGCUCGUGUGGGUACACUCGUGUGUGAGAUAGUCUGAGCAAUGCUUGCUGCACAUGUAACAAUGUCAAAUGAAGGGAUGUUACCACUGUAGAUUUCUAAGUUGUCCAUCUGUUUCAUUGUUGUUUUGUUUGGGUUUUAGGUUUUAUAUGAAGACAAAUUAAAUGUAAAUAGCCUUUUUUGGAACGAACUGCAAUGUGUGCAACCUCAUCGACUAUUUUAUGGUACUAAUGCAACACUAAUAAAACUGGACAUGAAAGCACA